CCGACGCGCGACGGCGGCGCGGCAUGUCGCUCGCGGUCGCCGCGAGCGCGGUCGCGUUCGGCGCGGCGCUGCGGCACCUGGGCUACGUCACCGAGCGCGACGGACGGUCGCUGUGCGUGAUCAUAUUCAGCUCGACGCUUCCGGCCGUCAUGGCGCGGACGUUCGCGACGGCGCGAAUGGAUGCGAGCGCGCGGUGCGUCGCGCUCGCGGGAUGCGCGUUCGGAUGCGCGUGCGUGCUGGUGUCGCUGACGACGACGCGCGCGAUGCGGGGCGCGAACGCGCGGUCGUCGGGAGACGCGUUGAUCGAGAUGUCGCGACGGUCGCGCGAGGCGUUGGUGAGCGGCGCGGCGGUCGGGUUGAAUCUGGGGAACUUUGCGUACCCGUUGGCGGAGAUAUUGUACGGAGCGAAGGCGCUGGAACUGAUCGUCGUGUUCGACGCGACGAAUCAAGUGUUUUUGUUGAUCGUGGCGCACGCGAUAUACACGUGGAGAUGCUCGAAAAUCGACGUGGACGGCGCGGGCGAGGCGGCAAAGGACGGAUCGACGACGAAGAUUCUGGAAUCGAUGCGACGUUCGAUGGUCAAGCAAGCGAGGAAUCCGUGUCUGUUGGCGUGUUUCGUAACGCUGUGUUAUCGCGCGGUGUGGGGCGACGGAGGAUUUCCGCCAGCGAUUGAUGGGUUUUUGGCGUUUUUGGCCGGCGCGAACAAGCCCGCGGCUUUGCUCGCGCUCGGGAUUUUGUUCCAGCCGAACAUGGCGAGGGAUGAAGCGCGGGACAUGGUGUGCGCGUUAGCGCGCCGUUACGGGGCUUCCAUGCUGUGCGCGAGCGCAGUUUUAUACACCAUGGGCGGCACGCUGGGUUCGAUCGGGUCAGCGGUGGCGUUGAUGGCGAUGCUGUCGCCGUUGCCUUUGCUCACCGUCACGUACGCGAUGGAAUUCGCGUUGAACGUCCCGUUCGCGGCGACGUUGGUUAACUACGCAAAUCUAGUGUCUGGCGCGAUGAUCGCCGUCCUCGCGCACGUGUCGUUCGCCAAUCCCGUGGCGUUAGCGCCGAAUCUCGCCGCGUUCGGCGCGGCGACGCUCGGAUUCGGCGCCUUGGUGCGCCGCGCGGACCGCAGCGCGGGCGGCGCCACAAAACGCGCUAGUGGCGUCAUCGCCUCGUGCUUCGACCCACGACGAUCGAUGAGAGUUGGCAUCGAUGCACGGCGUCCGGCUAUGCGCGCCCGUGGAGAUCGCGCGCGAACCUGCGGCGUAUCCGUCGUUGCGCGCGCUCAAUCGCCGUCGAACCGCGCCGCGCGUUCACGCGGCGUCGCCUCGGCGACCCACAUUGCUUCCGUUCGGCUCGGCGCGCUCCUGCGUCCGGUGCUCGUUUAAUUGCUCCGUGUGUUGUAUUAUUAGCGUCGUAGCGUAGUCGUAGUGAGAACAGUAAUGACUAA